AUGGCCGAUACAGCAACGGCUCCCACAGCCGUGCCCGCGACCACCGGCGCUGCGGCGCCUGCCGCCGGCGCAACAGCAGGAGGACCGAAUGCGCCUGCGGACCAGAAUGCCGCGAGUCGCGGGCUACCAUACUAUGAGAAAUUGCGUCGUGAACUGCGGGAUACACUGCAGAAAAAGCGGUUAAUGGAUAAGAGCAUGGCUCAACUCGAAGACCAAAUCUUCCGCUUCGAACAAUCCUAUCUAGAAGAAACCACCGCUGGGAACAUCAUCAGAGGCUUCGACAACUACAUCAAGGGUUCUGUCACCGGAUCAAGUCUCGGCGCCUCGGGUUUGGGUUUGGGCGGUGGCAUGGCUGGGUCGAGACGAAAGGCCCAAGUGACGGAAUCUGAUCGAGUUUUCUCGCGGAGCUCGGCGAGCUAUAGAAUGGAUUCCCCCGGCCCCUCAUCUGUACAAACUACACCCUCCCAUGCCGCAACGCCGACAUCUACGACUGGUGGAAACAGUAUGCCAAUGAAGAGCGGUAGUAUGGACAUGUCGGGUUCUGUUCCUGGAGGGAUGAGGAGCUCGAACGGCUCAUCCAAGAACAAAAAGAAGGCGACCGGCGGGUCGAAGAAUACAAAGGGCAAGAACCAGACCGAAGAUUUCUCCGACGAGGAUAAGCCUUCUGUUAAGCGGUUGAAGAUCAGCUAUGGGAGAGAUUGA